AAUGAUCCCAUAUAUCUUGGUCGCGCUUUUUGUGGCUGCGGUCAACAGCCAGAUUGUAACUCCGGGGAACUGUCCACAGGUGACUGUUGUGGGAAAUUUCAGUCUAGAACUUUAUCUUGACCGGUGGUAUCAGUACUCAAGUUAUCCUGGUCCAAAUGAACUUGGAAGAUGUGACUACGUUGAUUAUUACGACAACUCGUUCGGGAACGUUGCAGUUUUUGAGGCCACUAUAAACAAUACUAAUAACCAACAACAAUUUGUGACUGGACGCCUUGAGUACAGCAGCAGUGUCACUGAUGGAAAGCUUCUCAUUUCCUACCCAUUGUUGAGUGAAACCCGUUAUGAUUACUGGGUCUUGGGAGUUGACUAUGCCAGUUUUGCUGUUGUAUUUUCCUGUUCCAGUGACGGCGUGGAAGCUCGACAAAACUCGUGGGUGAUCACUCGGGAGCAGUAUCCAUCCCCGGAAGUUUUGAACGCUGUUCAGGAUGUGAUUGAUCAGAAUGGACUCCCCAACAGAUAUGUCAACACUGUUCAAACUGACUGCGUACCUUUCAUACCACCUGGGCAGGUUUAGACCACUGCGAUCAAAUUUAAAUAAUAAAUUUAAUUCGUGCU